UUCAACCGUGUAUUAUACUCCUUUAUUUGAAAAAUGCUCCCCGCCCCCCCAAAAAAUAUAUAUAUAAACUGAUAUAUUGUAAAGUGAUUGGCGUCUGGAGAUUGCGAAGACGUUGACCUAUCGCACACUUCUGUCUUGUAAUUCCAUUAUGCACCUCAUUAGGUACGCUUGCACAAUCUAAUCAUCUCCAAUUGAGAGAUGCUUAAACUGAAAACAUGCUUUUAAAAAGAUAAUAAUACCCUGUCAGCGAGGUUUUCAUUUAACAAUACGUUUAUUAUAGUGGUUGUAGUUUGCAGUGGUGUGCAAUUGUUGAACUUCACACCCUAUGAUGUUAAAAUAUCGUAUAGGACCUUGCAAAAAGGUAAGUCCAUUUUAAGAAAAACACCGUCAUAUAACAACAUGUUAUUUACAGUGGUUUUAGUUUGCUUACAGAUAUGUUAUGAAUCCACCUGUAUAGUAUAACCUAUCAGGUAUAGUUAAAAUAAAUAAUUGAACAAUAUUGUAGUAGCGCAAGAGUAAAUGUUGCUUUUUCGGCAUAUUACAAAAACAGCAGUGCAGUUCUAAAGCGCUGUAAUAACAAAUACAUGGUCAAAUUAAUAUCACAUUGCGCAGGUGUGCCUAAUGAAGUGUCCACAACCUCCCAUCCCAACAUUGCUUCACCCCCGCCCCAACACACACACACAAACACACACACACACACACACCAUUCCAUUUUCACAUGUACAAAUAAAUAAAAAAGAACAGGGUGUGUAAAUACCACAGUCCAUCCGAAGGUCUUUAUAAGUGCUCGCAGCAGGCAUGAGGGUGUCACCCUGACAGGUCCAAGUGAUGGAUGAUGCCCCCGUGGCAAGGCUGCAGGCCUCCUGUGUGUUGUGGUGCUGUAUGUGGGGAUUCUGCAAACACACAAACAGCAUCUGUCAGUGGAUAACAUAAGGAGAGGCCUGGCCCGCUAUAAGAUGGCUCAGGUGGGCCCGGAUGAGGGCUGUUUUUUUCUUUUCAGGGGGUGGAGGGGUUUGCUGUUGUUGGUGUCAAGUGGAGUGGCAGGAGGUGAGCUUACUUACCAUGUAUUAGUCAUCACCGGUUAUUGGGAAGGAGAGUUAGGACCACACUGAAAGAAAAAAAAAAACAUACAAGUCUAAAUUAUUAUUUCAAUUUUUAUUAGGAUAGAGUGGUAAUUUUAUGAGGAAAAAAGUCCUAAUCUGAGAAAAAGUUUUUGCAGUAAUCCCUCGUUUAUCACAGUUAAUUCCACGGUUAGUUCCAGAUCCGACCAUGAUAGGUGAACUUCCACAAAGUAGGAUUCCUUAUUUAUAAAUGUCAUAUUUUCGUAGAGCGUAGAGAACCUGUUUAUGAUCUUCUAAAUACGAUUUAUAACAUUAUCAGAGCCCUCUAGACAUGAACUAACACCCCUAUAGUCACCUUAACAUUAGUAUUACCCAACAUAAUAGACAUAAUAUGACGAAAUAAGGCAUUUAAGACAUAAAUAAGACUUGUGCUCAUGUGAGUUGCUGUAAGUGUGUUCCGGUGCUACAAGACCUAAGUGGGGGGGCCGGCUCUGGUGUCCAGACUUGAGUUUUGUUGUUCCGUUGAUCAAGUCUGGUGCUUGUGUGUCUCACCGAACAUUACAAUAACAUUACUGACACAUGGUGACCAGUGUAGAAUGCUACAUAUCCUAGCAAUGUCUUUGAAUGCGUCUUCUGAAUGCCUUAUAUUUGUAUUUUACUUCAUUUAGCCAUUUGUAUGCUUGAAAUGCAAAAUGUUGGCAAAAAUAUGUAAGAUUUGCUUAAAUAUGGAUAUUUUGGAUUCAUGAUAGGCUGUAUUCAACCACAAAACAGCAUCAUUUAUUCAUUUUUGAAAUUGUAAACAAUGAAAUUUGAACCACAAAGUGGUGAGGGGUUACUGUGUAUGACUAAGGAAAAAAAAUUAAUAUCUUCUAUUGUUUAUAGAAAUUCACAAGAAUAAAAAUGCAAUAUAACAAAAAACUUGUUCAUAAAAAUAUUCAUAAAAUUACAGGGGAAAGCAUGUAAUUUUUAAAGAAUAUUAUUACAUUAUUGGAAUAUUUUUAAUAUAUUUAUAAUAUUAAUAUUUUAUAUAUUUUAUAAUAUUAAUAUUUUAAUAUGAAUUUGUAAUGUUACAUUAGAGAAUUAAAUAGUAAUAUUACUUGUAAAACUUGUAAUUUUACAAGAAACAGUCAUAAUACGACCAACGGAAAAAACGCACAUCAUUUUACAAGAAUAAAGUUCUCAAAUUAAAAAAAAAAGACUUAAUUUUAUUAGAAUAUAUUCCCGGGAAAAAAUUUUUAUUUUUAUGAGAAAAAGUUCUUCAAAAACAAUUAAUUUUGUCAAUUUUACAAAAAUAAAUACAUUACAGGGAUUUAAAAAUUAUAUUUUUAUGAUAAUAAAAUCAGAAUUUUGGCAGAAUAAGGUUGUCAUACUGUAUUACAAGAAAAAGCAGUCAUUUUACCAAAAAGUAAUAAUAUUGACAAGGAAUUUUUUUUUAUUUUUAUGAGAAUUAAAUCGUUAUAUUGCAUAAAUAAGGUCAUAAUACUACAAGAAAAAGUCUCAGUUGUUGAACAUAAAGUCAUAAUAUUAUAAGCAGAAUGAAUAAUUUUACAAAAGAACUUUUAUUAUUACAGGAGAAAAUAUCUUACAUUUAUAGUAAGUAUAGUCAAAAUAUACAAAAAAAAUAUGAGAAUCGGGGAGAACACUUCAUAAUAUUUAGAUUAAAAACUUUUAUAAGAAGUUACAGUUACAUUUUUGUGUUGGAAAUUUUACACGAAUAAAGUCACAAUUUGCAAAAUGAAUGUCAAAAAUAUUACAAUUCAUGUCAAAUUAAAACAUCAAAAAAGCUAAAUUUUACAACCUUUUUUUAAAUUUUUUUUUUUAGUGUGACUCUAGAACUCCUUCACAAGUUUUAUACCCCUUUUCUUAUUUUGGUGAAAUCUUUGCUGUUGUCACGUCUCCAUCACAUCCAAUCCGGCUAAUUCAGCUUUAAAAAAACAAAACAGUAAGCACUCUUGCUCAUCACACCUUGACGAAUGUAUUGCGCUACCGCAGGAUGACCUAGAUUUUUCCUUUUGCUGACAUUGUUGCGAGCUGUUUCCACUUUUAUUUUUCUGUUAGUCAGCUGACAACAAAGCGAGGCAAAUAUUAAUACAGAGCCCGAUGCAAUAUUGAUGAAGAAAGCAGAGGGAAAAGGGCAACGGCGAAGGCUGACAACUCCACUUUUGACACAUGCAGGGUGAAUGCUUGUGGCGACUUGAAAUGGCAAACCCUUACAUGCCUAGUGAGGAGAUUGUUUUUGUGGAAAGUGAUCCGAUUUGAGACUGAAACUCUAAAACGUUGAGGGCAAGUGGACGAACUUUGCUUGGUAUUCAUAAAACAAACGAGGCCACAUCUAAUAAAAGAUCUAUAUCGAAAAUUCUGCCUAUUGAUUGGCUGUAAAAGUCUGCUAUGAUGCAAAAUUGACUUUUUAAUGAUGCUCCAACAGAAAUGUGUCCCUAGAGCCUGUUUAUCACAACCAGGCAUGAGAAAAAUCAAUCAUCUCCCUCACUUGUUUGCUCCUCUUUGGAGAGAAGAGGCACUCAAACGUUCGCUGAAAUUGUGGCUUUUCGUGACGUCAUGAAUGAAGAACCUUCCUCAUGAACAUGACGCCGCCUCUUUAAUUAAAGUGAGAGGGUUGAUGAAAUUAUAAUGCAUCAACUGUCCGACUAGGUGGAGCAAGUGCAGGCUAAUCAUGCUUUCAUCCACUUGCCCAAUCCCCAAUAUGUCUAAUGGGAUACAUCGCUGUCAUCUUCAACCACAACCAGGCAUUUUAGUUAUCUCAGUAAAGACAAACUUUGAGAUACAGGUCUACAGUAAAUCCAACGUGUACCCAUGAAUCAAUGCAGCCCAGCAGGAAGUAAACCAGCACAUCCAAACGUCAUUGUCAUUCCAUCCCACAGGUCCCCCCGUAAACGUUACAUGCAAUAUUUUUAUCAACAGUUUUGGCUCAGUCACAGAGGCUACCAUGGUCCGCCUGUUAAUGUUAGCUGCAACAUAUUUAUCAACAGCUUUGGUUCUAUAGCAGAAACUACAAUGGAUUACAGAGUGAAUAUCUUCCUGCGGCAGAAGUGGAAUGACCCCCGUUUGGCGUACAGCAAAUACCCCGACUCCUCCCUGGACUUGGACCCAUCCAUGUUGGACUCCAUAUGGAAGCCCGACCUCUUCUUUGCCAACGAGAAGGGCGCCAACUUCCACGAUGUCACCACGGACAACAAGCUGUUGAGGAUCUUCAAGAAUGGGAAUGUCCUCUACAGUAUUAGAUUGACUCUCAUCCUGUCCUGCCCGAUGGAUCUGAAGAACUUUCCCAUGGACGUCCAGACUUGUACGAUGCAACUGGAGAGUUUCGGCUAUACCAUGAACGACCUGAUCUUCGAGUGGCUGGAGAAGGGCGCCGUGCAGGUGUCAGACGGUCUGACACUGCCUCAGUUCAUCAUGAGGGAGGAGAAGGAGCUGGGCUACUGCACCAAACACUACAACACCGGCAAAUUCACCUGCAUUGAGGUGAAAUUCCAUCUGGAGCGUCAGAUGGGCUACUAUCUGAUCCAGAUGUACAUCCCCUCCCUCCUCAUUGUCAUCCUCUCAUGGGUGUCUUUUUGGAUCAACAUGGAUGCUGCUCCUGCCAGAGUGGCACUGGGUAUCACCACAGUGCUCACCAUGACCACACAAAGCUCCGGCUCUCGAGCUUCUCUUCCAAAGGUCUCUUACGUGAAAGCCAUUGAUAUCUGGAUGGCGGUGUGUCUGCUCUUCGUAUUUGCUGCAUUGCUCGAAUACGCUGGGGUAAAUUUCGUCUCCAGGCAACAGAAAGAGUUCCUCCGCUUGAGGCGAAGACAAAGGAAGAAUCACAAGGAUGAAGACAUGCGUGACGGCCGUUUUAAUUUUGCUGGCUACAGUGUGAAUCAGUGUCUGCCAACAAAAGACGGCUCAGCUGUUAAGAACGCCGCUCCGGCCCCGAACCCUCAGCAGUUGGUCCCAAAAGACACGGAUAUCAUGAAGAAGAAGUUUGUGGACCGGGCUAAGAGGAUAGACACAAUCUCUCGAGCUGCCUUCCCUCUGGCCUUCCUCAUCUUUAACGUCUUCUACUGGAUCACCUACAAGAUCGUCAGGCACGAGGACAUCCACAAAAACUAACGAGUCACAGGGUCAAUCUUCUUGUUUCUCAGACUGAGAUAAGACAGUAGAGGAUCAAUGCCAACUGGUGUUCUUUCAGGGAUCAUGUCCGAGGAUGUUCACAGUGUGGACGUUCUGUAGUAGUGCUGCAAUCAUUGUCAGAGGAAUACGGGGAAAAACUCAAAAGUUUUAGUAGCAUUCUGGUUACAGCGGACCAAAUCUUUUUUCUAACCCAUCUUGCCUUGAGGUCUGAGGAACAAAGCAACUAUUUAUAAUCGUACGGUAGCUUAGUAAGAGCCUCUAGGACUGUAAGGAGACGUUUCUUAUCAAGGGGUUUGUUUUAUAUUGUACUACUGUCAACAACACUUCCUUUUAACACAAGACAGAGCUGGAACUAUGUAAUAUAUACAGGAAGAACAUGCAUCUAACACUGAAGAAUCUUUUAAUGUAAUGGGGACUAACUAGCCCGAAACCAUUUUGAGUUUUGAAAUACUGAAGCCUGGUUGUUUAUGUCAAAAUGGUUUGCUUGAGAAAAGCACAUUUUGUGUUCUUCCCAGUUGCAGGGUUAAUAAUUCCCUAUUAACCAGUCAACAGACUACAAUGCCUCCAGCUGCACCCUUUAGGUACCAUACCCAUUCGGGUACCAACUUCACUGGCAAGGGGGCUAACUUAACUUUUGAUACUGACAAUGCAAAAAAAAAACAAUCCUAUUGAACUUUAUUGCUUGGUGAAAACGGGAUUUUUGUUGUUUCCAUCGCUGGCAACCAUUCACUCUGCUCGUUUGUUUUAUCAUACAAUGCCGCAUUAGUGCAACUUUCCUGACUUUGUGGAUGGAUUAUUUUUUGUCACACUGUUUAUUUCUAUAGUGAAAGGUGGCAGUAAUCAUCGAUAACAGGUGGGAGGAACAGUCACAUUAAUUAUGACCCGUAUGACACGUCUACACUGCGUGCAUGUGCUCAGGAGUGAGCAUACCUUUGGUUUCGUGGAUUAUUGUGAGCAUUUCUUUAUUUCCAUUAUGUAAGAUGGCGGGUAUUAUUAAUAAGAGGAGGGAGGCGGGGUCACAUUGACGUGCUUGUGCGUGUACUCACCUUGAAUUUCCAUAUGAAUUCCAUUUGGGGUCCACAUAUUUUGAAAGUCAUGAAAAGUUGAUUUCAUCAUAUAAAACAGGGUUCCCCAAAUUUAAGGAUCGGGACCCGUUUUAGGGGACACUUGCUUGUCAAACGGCUUUCUGACUCUUGUCAGUUGUGUUCUUCAUCAUCACUCACAGCAGUGCCACAUCAUGAGGAGCAUAUGUGUUUUUUGUAAGAAGCAAUCAUUUUUCUAGUCUGGUUCUUGAGCUGAAAAACUUUGGGAAGCCCUGACAUAACUGACAAAUAUUUUACAUUUGAAAGAGUUUUGAGUGUGUUUAAAUGUAUCAUAGUCCACGUAAAUAAAUCCUUCUCUUGUAGAAUUUAAAACUUCUUUUUGCUGACCUAUUUAUCUUACUGGAGGAACGCUCACAUUUAAUUAUCUUUGUGUAUACUUCUCUCGCCGUUGCUGUGGACCUUUGACAUGCCGCCGGUUGGUGACAGCAGAUAGUCGGCAGGAAGACGAGGCUGAACCUGCCUAACAUUCAUGCUAUAGAACCGGUAAUGGACCUGAAGAACUUUCACUUUGAAUGCUAUUAAUGAAUACGUUUAUUUAUCAGCCUGCACAUCAAUAAAAUUGACUGCACCGUGUUUGCUUCAUUUACUCCCACCUCAUAUAAGGUCAACUCGUCCUUAUACAUUUAUGAAUACAGCUAGACUUUAUAUUGCUUUUCUUUCAUAUACUAUAACGUUUAGUCUCCGUUAUGAGAGAAUCUAUUCUGGCCCGAUUACAGGUCAGAUAAAAGUCUCAUCCCAGCGAGGUGAUGACACUGGCCAUGGAUGGCUGCGUGGCCUGGGGUAAUGUGGAUAUUAUCUGACAGUGGGUUUCCCCAAUGCAUGAUAAUGACGGACCUUCACAUUGUGCUGGCUCAAGUACCACAACCAAUGGGGAGAAAAUCUCUGUGUGUGCCUGCAUAAACACCACAGGAACAAUUUGAUGUAAAAGAGUCAUAAAUAUGUUGUUAUUGUGCGCUUGGCCGAAAGCCACAUGUACACAACAUAUCACGCAUAAUGAGACAGCAGCUCUUUAGAUGCAGAUUAACAUCUUAUAAUAAAUACACAAACCGGGAUUUGUGCAUAACAAGCAAAAUGAACCAGUUUAGUACGUAAAUACGCAACGCUGCAUGAGUCAUCCAGCCUGAAUCACGAGGAUUGUAAACUAAUCAAUACCACUAAUCUUCACAUAGAACUCCCAUCAAUUUCAGCCCUGCUAACAGUCCAUUAAUAACGUUUGAAAAGGCAAAUGACAGCGUAUGAAAGAAAAAUGACUUGCAGUUUAGAACUGCGCUCGGGAUCGAAACAACUUUUCCAUCGUUUAAUUGAGGUGUGGGGAUGGCUUUGUGAGUGCUGAGAGGCGAGAAAUGAGAGUUGCCAUGGCAACUGCACCCAAUCAGGCCAGAGUGUGAGAAACAGCAAAUCGUUCUAGGGUGCCAGUACAUUAUUUAAGCCAAAGGUUUUACGCGCUACAUUAUAAACAAAGUAAUACAUGCGACAUGAUUUACUCAAUUGCAGAGAGUGCCAGGCUUUUACUUGAAGGAGGAGUCUAUUUGAAUAAAUUAUUUCAUUGUAUGAUUUUUAUUUUAAUCAUUUCACCCAACACAUCUCUUUUUGAGCUUUACAUUUUUAACAGUAAUAUUACAUUUUUUUCCUAUUUUGUAUGGCGCUUUAAGAUGCACUUUCAAGUACAGUAAUCCCUCGUUUAUCACGAUUAACUGUUUCCAGAUCCAAUCGUUUUGCGAAGUAGAAUCUCUUAUUUAUAAAUUGAAUAUUUUUGCAGUUAGAGCAUAGAAAACCUGUUUACGACCUUCUAAAUACAUUUUUUUUAACCAUCAUUAGUGCUCUCUACACAUGAUAUAGUCACCUUUACACUCGUAAUAACCAAAAUAGUACACAGAAUAUCAGAAAAUAAGACAUUUAAGAGGCGGCUGAGUGACAGGUGGACAGGAAGUGACGUCGUGGGUUACGGCCGCAACAGCAGCCUGUGAUUUUAUGAGAUUUUUAUUAAGGAUUAUUGCUCCUGUUGUGAGAUACCAAGAUAUUGCAAACCAGCAAUAAAAGCCUGUUGUUCUGGCGAACGAGUCUGGUGCCUGUGUGUCUCACCAAACAGUACAGUAACAUUACUGACACCUAGUGACCAGUGUACUGUAGACUACGACAUAGAAUUCACAGCGUCUUUGAAUGCGUCUUCUGAAUGCCCUAUAAUUUUAUUUUAGUUCAUUUAGCCAUUUUUGUGCUUGAAAAUGCUUUAUUUAGGCAAAAAAAUACAUCAAAUUUGCUUCAAAAUGCACAUUUUCUUUUGACAGAUAAUAGCAUUUAACCACUAAAGCGUAUGAUUUCUUAUUAUAUUUUUGAAAAACCGUGAUAAGAGUGAAGCUGCGAAAUUCGUGAGUGGGCAUUGGGAGUGGGUAGCCGACAGGAAGUGACAUCAGUGGUUCAGAAUUGACUUUCAGCUCGCUGUGGGCUACCGCCGCAACAGUAGCCCAUCUU